GAAAUUUGAACUUGUACGACUACCUUCACCUUCAAGACUUUUUUGUCACUUCGCCAGGUCACGGCCGUGGAAGGAAAUUAAUUGUCCUUAUCUCCUCACCCUCUUCUCCCUCCAAUACUAAUUAGUGAUCAUCAUUGUUUGUUUUCGAGGGCCAGCAGUUAGUUUGACUCUACUUCCGUCAUGUCCACUUCCGUCGCAACCACACGAGCCACGUUUGUCAUUUACCAAGACGAACCCUCCACUUCAGCUCCACCAAAGCUCAAGUCCACCGCCUCCGCUCCCUCGGUACUCCGUUUGUCGAGUGGUAGCGCUAGUCGUAGCACGCUCAUCUCCAUCCCCACAGCAAGUGACAAGGAGAAUGUCGACCCCUUAACUGGUCGUCGUCCAUGUCUCGAAGACACCCUGGCCAAGAAACGCAAACCUACACCCGGAAACGUCCUUGCGACCAAGAUACUCAUCUCCAGCAGCAAAGUACUCAAAGAUACCAUACCGGAGCCUAAGAAACGCAAAAUUCUCUGCUCAUCCAAUUCAAAGUCCAAUUCCUCGUCGGAGAGAAAGGAGCGGAAACCGCUCGUUUCUAGGAGAGAACGUGCUCAAGGGUCCAGUCGAGCUCAGAAAGUAGCAGAACUUCCCAAGGUUGCGGAAGAAGAAGAGGAAGCUAUCACUGUUGAGCCUGGGAUGGCGGAUGAGAAAACGCAGGAGCGGAAUGAAGACAAGGUGAAAGAUGAAGAAGGGCGUGUAGCUCAGGCUCUGGUGGAUGCUCGGUGUUACGAGCUCACCGUCCUGCCACUUGCGGAUGUCUCGAGAGCUUAUUGCCAAAGCUCGGACUCGUCGUCAAUAGAUGACGAAAUUGUUGCGGCAGGCGAGAAGUUGAAAACGUUGUUAACGGAGGAUACCACUUCAACUACUCAGGAACAAUUGGCCCAGAAGGGCACCCUCGAAAAGGCUCCUUCUAAGUCCCCCGAAACCCCUUCGAAACGUUCCUUUCCAUCCAAUCCUGCAGCUCCUGCCUUCUCCACACCAGAACGCAUGCGAAUCUACUCUGCCUUCACGUUCUCCUCGCCUUCCUUAGCUGGAAGGCGUUAUGCUGUGAGUAGAGGGUCUGGUGUUGACUCGAGAUUCUCGGACUUGGAGUUCAAACUAUAACGUCUCGUGAAUUGCAUAUGUUGCAUUGUACACCCGCAAACUCCCUUUGUCGUUUUCAAAUUUCUCUGUCUCUCUUCCCUGCUUUUCUCUUUUCUACUAACGUGUUGUUGUUUGAAUGAUGUUGUUCUCUCUAUCGUGAUCUCACAUGACAAGGACGUUCUCCUUGCAUACCUUUCUUCCACACGUUAUGAUUCUAUUAU